AUGUUCCUCCCUGCAUUGCGCUUUCCGUUUGACCUUUUGGCGCCCUUGGUAAUUGGAUGUCCCCAGACUCCAGAUGGCAAUUCUUUAAUUUUUUUUUUGGGUAAUUGGAAUAACUUCUCUGUGCUUCCCUCAAUCCUGAUUCCGUGACCAGAGAAAUCAUCAUCGGAGAAUCUCAGUCCUCCCGACAUCAACAUGGACAAGAAAGAUGGAAAGAGAGUGGUGGUUGUCGGAGGUGGUGUUGCUGGAUCCGUCGUAGCUAAAUCUCUCCAGUUUAAUGCUCAUCUUAGCCUCAUUGAUCCGAAGGAAUAUUUUGAGAUUCCAUGGGCAAGCUUGAGGGCAAUGGUUGAACCAUCCUUUGCAGAGAGGUCUCUGAUUAACCAUAGAGAUUACUUCACCAACGGCAACGUUGUCACCUCCAGUGCCACCGAUAUUGCAGAAACUGACGUAUUGACCGCUGAUGGCCAUCGGAUACCCUAUGACUAUCUUGUUAUUGCCACAGGCCAUAAAGAUCCUGUUGCUAAAAGUAGGGCAGACAGGCUUGAUCAAUACUUAUCAGAAAAUCAGAAGAUAAAAUCUGCAAAUUCCAUCCUGAUUAUUGGAGGUGGUCCGACUGGUGUUGAACUAGCUGGAGAGAUUGCUGUUGAUUUUCCGGAUAAAAAAGUUACUCUAGUGCACAGAGGAUCCAGGCUGAUGGAAUUCAUUGGGCCAAAAGCUGCUGAUAAGACUCUAAAAUGGUUUGAAUCAAAGGGAGUUGAGGUGAAGCUAGAGCAAAACGUUGACUUGAAUUCCAUUGUAGAUGGAAACAAGACAUGUCAAACUUCACUUGGAGAGACCAUUGAGGCAGAUUGUCAUUUUGUUUGCACAGCAAAGCCACUUGGUACAGCAUGGCUUAAGGAAACGGUGUUGAAGAAUGACUUGGAUGCUUAUGGAAGGAUCAAGGUAGAUGAAAUUUUGAGAGUCAAGGGUCGGAAAAACAUAUUUGCUAUUGGAGAUAUUACAAAUAUUCCAGAAAUCAAACAAGGGUUUCUGGCACAAAAGCGGGCUGAAAUAGUUGUAAAUAACUUGAGGCUGUUGAUGGAAGGAGGUAAUGAAGAUAAGAUGAAAACUUACAAGCCACAUUCAGCAUUGGCAAUCGUAUCGCUUGGAAGGAAAGAUGCGGUGGCACAGUUGCCAUUCAUGACAAUCAGUGGAAGAGUUCCUGGCAUGAUAAAGUCUAGAGAUUUGUUUGUUGGAAAAACAAGGAAGCGUUUGGGACUCGAACCUCAUGUCACACAAACUUGAGUAAAAUAUAGGCAAUGGUGAUGGUGUAUUAGUAUAUACAAAUGAUCCCACUCUCCUAUCGCAUGCUUAUUGUGCAUUACUUGUCCUUUUUUAUCAUGCUCUUUAUUAAAGCAAAGGAAUGCAUUUGUUUCCAUGAUGGAACUAUUUUGAUGUUGAUAAGUGGCUUACUGGCUUGUCUAGAUUUAAUUGUGAGUGAGAAGCGGUAUGCAGGUUUUAUUAUUGGGUUA